AUGUCGAGCUCGCCUGAACCCGACACGGAGUCGUCCGACAUCGAGGUCGUCGGCUCGAACAAGAGGGUGCACUUCUCGUCCACCCCGACUCCUGGUGCGACCGGACCCAACCUCUCCCGCUCGGCUCAGAAGAAGCUCCUCUCUGCUAUCGCCGCCAACGACGACUGGCUCGACUCGGACAGCGAGCUCGACGUCAAGCCCGUCGUGCCCAAAGUCGGUCCGUCGUCGUCCAAAGACAAGGGCAAGGGAAAGGGCAAAGCUCCUCGCGCCGAGGUGAUCGAGCUCUCGUCCGGUUCCGAGUCCGAGGACAGUUCGCAGAAGGAGCGCGAGCAGUCAAAGCUCGAGCGCGACCUCAGCCGCGUCCGCGCCGUCGUCCCCGACGCCCACUCGAAGUGGCUCAUCAAGCUGUACCGCGACCCUCGCUUCGAGUGCGACCCGAACCGCAUCGUCGAGGAGCUGUUGACGAGCAACUACCCGCUCAGGAACGGAGGAUGGAAGCACCCGAGGGAGGAGACCGAGAGGGGCCAGCAGAAGAAGGGGAACGGCGAGUCGCCGACGAAGAAGAAGCAGGCGGGUUCGGACAAGGACAAGGGCAAGAACAAGCGCACGCAUCGUGACUCGGAGGACGAGGAUGAAGAGGUCGACCAGCUCGACAGCGACGAGGAGCAGGCUGCGGACGAUGAGGACGAGGACGACGCGAAGGAGUACACGAGGGAGGAGGCAGUUCAGGAGGCCAAGUACUGGCUCGGAAACGUCAACCGCAAGUUCGGCGACGACGCGUACCGCAAGGCUGCCCUGCUCCAGCUCUUCCGCGACUACAACGCCUACGCGGAGAACCACAUCCGCAACCGCUUCGAGUCGGACAAGUGCGGACAGCUCUACGCUCCGACCUGGAUGGAGCUGUACCGCCUCAAGAAGGCCGGCGACCUCCUCCCGCUGAAGAACGGCCCGCGCGACAUGGACAAGCCGUACACGACGGCGGAUGGGAAGAAGGUGAUGAGGAAGGAGGCGCCGAAGAGCAAGUUGCUCCAGGACGAGAUCACUUGGCUUCAGGCCUAUGUCAAUUACGGCGGCUGCAAGCUCGAAGCGAACCGCAAGAAGCCGAGGCCGGACAUGGUCGCCCCCGAGCGUCCCUCGCCGAAGAAGAGGAAGAAGAAAGAGUCGCCAGACGAGCGCCGUGCCCGCACGAAGGGCAAGAACAAGAAGGCGGCCUCCUCGAAUGACGAGGAGGAGGAGGAGCUCGAGCACGACUGCCACGACUGCCGCACCUGCGACGACAGCUCGCGCGGUCGCAACGGCCACCCCGCCAACUCGCCCGGCUGGGGACCCGCCUACACGUCGCCGUCGUCAAAGAAGGGAGGCAAGAAGCGCAAGAGCAGCGCGUACAAGGGCAAGUUCGGAGGCGGCGUCUGGGUUAAGCAGGAGGACGACAUCAAGCCGUUCCAGGGCCAGGGUCACAGGCUUGCCGACUGA